CCGCAGUGGCCUGUUUUGAGACAAAAGUCCAAUAGUGAAUGCAUUCAAACCAAACUGUAUCUUCGUUUUCUCAACGAAUUGCAUCGUAGGUUCUUGGUUAAAAGAAAGAACGUAGCACAGCACCGAUUCAAUCAUCCUCACAAACAUGUCGGACUUUUUCUCCAGCUCCACCUUCAAGUUGAUCUUGUUGUCGGGGAUGGUCUUGCAAAAUGCCACGACUGUUUUGGUGGGUCGCUAUACCCGUUCCGAAGUUCGCGUAGAGGACCAGUACUCUGUCAACCACUUGAUCGUUAUCACCGAGUUCGGCAAGCUUUUUCUCAGUUGUAUCUUUGAGUAUGUGAGCACCAAUGGCGGGUUGGUAAAGUCGAUUCAGGACAACAUAAUCAACCGACCUUACGACGCACUCAAAAUCACGAUCCCCGCAUUGUUGUACCUCGUACAAAACACGCUGCUCUACGUUGCACUAGCGAACCUGACGGCCCCAAUCUUCCAGGUAACUUACCAAGCGAAGCUAGUAACGACGGCUGUUGUUAGUGUCAUCAUGUUGAAUCGCAAGUACAGUCCACAGCAAUGGGUUUGCCUCGUUACCUUGAGUCUUGGAGUAGCGGUGGUGGUAUUGGACAAACCGGAAGACAAGAAGAAAGACGACGCAGAUCUAGCUUCCCAAUCCAUGGUAGCGGGUUUGGUUGCUGUCAGUGUUGCCUGCAUCUCGAGCGCAUUGGCGGGAGUCUACUUCGAAAAAGUGGUUAAGAAUAGUGGUUCCGGAGGAAAACAGCAGCCCGUUAGUGUAUGGAUGAGAAACAUGCAAUUGGCGUUUUAUACCAUCGUCAUUGCACUUGUCCAAGGUGCGUGGAAUGCCGAUCCUGAGAAAGCAUCUUUGUCAUACUUUCAUGGAUUCACGUUUUGGCCAUGGGUAUUGGUUUGUCUCCAGGCCGGUGGGGGUCUCUUGGUGGCGGCCGUCAUCAAGUAUGCUGAUAACGUGCUCAAGGGAUUAGCAACCGGAGUGAGUGUCUGCUUUGGUACCGCAGUAUCCUUUCUGUUAUUUGGAACGCCUAUUACUGGACAAUUUGUGGUCGGGGCUGUUAUGAUUCUGGUUUCGGUUUACUUCUUCUCGAACCCGAUCCAAAAGGAAAAGAGCCAGGGUUUAGCCAGUCCGAGUAGUGCUACAGAAAUGAAAAACAUUCUUCCAAAAUAAUGCAGUCAUAAAACUACGUAUUAUCAAUUAGAUAUUUGAACGGAUUGUUGCAGCAUCUUGUAUGAACAGUACGACGAAUAGCGUAUACAAAACCUAGAAAUUGUGUUUCCGUUUUCCAAUUGGAAAUAAUAGAUUUGCAGCCGACAGAACAAGCAUUAUCACUGUUUCACUUAUUCAUCUGAAAACACCAAUUCGGUAUCAGAUGGUCAAUCUACGUGGCCUCAGUUACCAAAAAAACGGAACAUUUUCGGAUAAGUUGCUGCUCUAUUCCUCGAUAACACCCAUGUCAAAUUCCUGACCGCUUUCGUUCAUCUUCGCAAAUUGUUCAGCAUUUAAACUCGUUUCUGUAAUCGCAUCCAUGCUGUGAAGGUCGCGAAAUCCGUGUUCAAACAUCUGGGCAAAGUCUUCGUAAUGAAUUUUUUCUUCGUGGUGCUUUUUGGUGAACCUUCUCAUUUGAUACUCGGCCAUAUUUUUGGCUUUAUCUGCAGUACCUCGGUCCUUCAAUGAUUCACUCACAAUAGAUUCAACGUCUUUCUUCGUGAUGUAUCGCCCGUUCGACGAGAUUAGAUCGAAAGCCUCCCGCAACGUACCCUCUUCCAGCUCACCCCCGCCUUCGAGCGUCGCCGCUAUAAACUCGGUGUACGUGAUACCGUUGUUGUUGUUAAUAUCCAGCUGCUUAUAAAUUUCAUAAAGUUCC